AUGCCCCGAAAUCAACAUGGAAGCCCCUGGAAUGGGCGGAGACCGGUAAAAUCGCGAGCCAAAUUUCGAGAUUCUCGUGAUGGAUACCUGGCGGCGAGCUUAGACUCGGAGAUUGCGUGGAGGUCGGAGGCGGAGGCGACGAAGAAGACGACUAUCGAGAGUACGAGACGAGGGUCUGUUCUGCUUCUAUCUUAUUUACUAUGUACUGAUACUUUGGGAAUUCCUCUGCCAUGGGAAUUAUUGCAACCAGUUUUGAGGAUUUUGGGAAUGCUGAUGAUAUGUCGGAUGCAGCAUCCGGGCCGUUCACCGAAUUUUGUGGUACAGCGGGAGAAGACAGAAGACAGAAAUUAG